AUGAAGAAAGACCUCUUCAAGAUGCCUUCAUCUGAAUUUUUUCUCUGUUUUAUCCCACUCCUGGGAUGUCACUUGUGCCCUGAUCCAGUCUACACAAUGCCGGAGCAACCUGCUCCCAUUCGCACGCCCACCAGACCCCGCACUUGCGCUCAGGCCCGUGCGGCAAGAGAGGCAGGGGCCGCUGCUGCAGCCCCCGAUGAUCCUGCUGAUGACCAAGAUUCCCCCGCUGAGGUCCCCGAUGACGGAGCCCAGGAAUCAGAUGAUUCCGACGUUCCCGAUACCCCCCAGAUCCCGGUCCGACAGCAACUCCGCCAGUAUAGGGCCCUUGAUCGCAAAAACCUUAAAGAAUUGUUUCAGGCUGUCAGUUCCUAUGGCCCCCAAGCCCCUUACACCCUCUCUUGUUUGGAGUCCAUUGGCGGCGGUGGCGCUGUCUCUCCCACCGAGUGGCGCGACAUUGUUCGCACUGCGCUCAGGGGAGACCUCUUUGUCUCUUGGGAGGCUGAUUUCCUUUCUCGCUGUAAGGCCCUGGCAGGCAAGGACUCUAACCUCUAUGCUCGCAUCGCUGGCCUUCCCCCUUUUCAUACCAUCCAAGAACAACAUACGCUUUCCAGGUCACAAUUAGCCAACACGGCUCUCGCAGCCCUACGCGCCUGGAAGUCUCUUCCCAGGGCGGGCGCCCCGGCAGCACCUCUCUCAAAGAUCAUCCAGGGCCCCGAGGAGUCUUUUAGUUCCUUUAUCUCCCAUCUCUCGGAGGCGGCUGAGCAUGCCCUCGGUGACGCCGCCACUGUGGCGGACAGCGCCCUCAUUAGACAAUUAGCCUUUGAAAAUGCUAAUGAGACCUGCAGAGCUAUUCUAAAAAACAACUCCAAAGCCAAAACUCUGCACAACAUGAUUAAUCUCUGCCGAGAGGCGGAUCCUUUUAUGCACAAGAUCACUAAGGCCCUUGUCACCUUCCAAGGCCAAAACAGGGGUAAAACAUGCUUUCAAAACGCGAAUGCCCUUCUCUUUGUCCUCACUGCCGCCGUGGCCGCCACUGGGCGGCACAAUGCCUCUCUGCCACAGAUAUCUCGGGCAGCCCACUUACCCCGGUCCAGGGAAACGGCCCGCGGGGUCAGCCCCGGACCCCUAUCACUUUCCAGCCGGCCUCGGGGAACAGCCAGCUUACCCAACAUCCACUUCCUCAGCAACCUUCUCAAUCUACGGCGCUCUCACGGGUCCAACCCAGCCAGCACCCGUGCACCCCUCCGUUGGUUCCGUGCGAGCUACUGCCCCCUCAGCAGCCUCCCUUGUCCGGGCCACCCCAGGCAGCGCAGGAUUGGACCUCAGUUCCUCCUCCUAUGCAGUAUUAACCCCUGA